AUGACCGAAAUAGCUCCCUCAGCGCCUCUUUCGACCCCUAACCCAGAAAUACUCCUCCGAACGUCUGCAAAACGUACGCGCGAGCUCUUCGCCUCCGACUUUGGCUCACUCUCCGGGCUUGAAAGCGCGAGCCAAACCGUCUUCUCCGUCGCGCCCGCGCAGCCCUCACCCCUCGAGCUCGCAUCUCGCACCAGCCUCUCCUCCCGUAUCCGCAGCGAAUAUGCAGACGCCACAGAGCUUCCUCCUGCGCUCGCGCAGAAACAGGCCUCCGCAGCCGCGAUGGCAGCCGCGCGACGGAAAAAGCCUCGAAAUCAGGAUGAGGCGCCUUUAGACCCCAAGAUAGUCAAGAUGAUCGAGGGCAUAUCAGAAAAGUCAGAGCAGGCAAAGAGCGCGGGCAUAUCAAACGCGCUCACAGUGCGCGCAAGGGGUGCUGGAGCUCUACCGCCGAACGCAAACGGGCCGACUCCGCAGAGAAAUACACCCUCCUCGGCGCUGGUGCGGAAAGACACAGUACGACAAGCAAAGCCAGAUUGGCAUGCGCCAUGGAAACUGAUGCGCGUCAUCUCUGGGCAUCUCGGCUGGGUGCGCGCUCUCGCUGUGGAGCCCAACAACCAGUGGUUCGCGUCUGGAGCCGGGGACCGCACUAUCAAGAUCUGGGAUCUUGCGUCCGGGACUUGCAGGCUCACGCUGACCGGCCAUAUCUCCACGGUGCGCGGCCUCGCCGUAUCCGACCGCCACCCGUACCUCUUCUCCUGCGGCGAGGACAAGAUGGUCAAGUGCUGGGAUUUAGAGACAAACAAAGUCAUAAGACAUUACCACGGCCAUCUCUCAGGCGUCUACACCCUCUCCCUCCACCCAACCCUCGACGUCCUCGUGACCGGCGGCCGCGACGGCGUCGCCCGCGUCUGGGAUAUGCGUACCCGCUCCAACAUCCACGUCCUAUCUGGGCACAAGGGCACGGUCUCUGACGUCAAGUGCCAGGAAGCCGAUCCACAGGUCAUAUCAUCCUCCCUAGACAGCACUAUACGGAUGUGGGAUCUGGCAGCCGGCAAGACGAUGGGAGUGCUCACGCAUCAUAAGAAGGGGGUUAGGGCACUGGCGGUGCAUCCGAAGGAGUUUACGUUUGCGAGUGGCAGCACCGGGACGAUAAAGCAGUGGAAGUGCCCGGAAGGGGCGUUCAUGCAGAAUUUUGAGGGGCAUAAUAGUAUUAUCAAUACGCUGGCUGUUAAUGAGGAUAACGUGCUGUUUUCGGGUGGUGAUAAUGGUUCAGUCAGCUUCUGGGAUUGGAAGACUGGACACCGAUUCCAGAGUCUGGAGAGUAUCGCUCAACCUGGCUCGCUGGAUGCUGAAGCCGGGCUCAUGAGCUCGACCUUUGACAAGACUGGACUGCGGUUGAUUACCGGCGAAGCUGAUAAGACUAUCAAGGUCUGGAAGCCGGACGACGAGGCGACCCCGGAAACACAUCCACUCGAGUGGAAGCCUACACUCGGCCGGCAGAAGUUCUGA